AGAGAGAGAGAGAGAAGGAACUACUACGACGGUAUCUUUUCGAAUCGAAUUCUUUGCUACGCUUGAGAAACGAACACAGUACGCUACGUAAGUACUUGUGAGUACUUACGAACGUAUCGAAUUUUUGUUCGCGUUGUGUCUUUGUUCCAUUUUUUUUUUCUUUUCUUUUCUUCUCUUUUCUUCUUUUGGUAUCUCUAUUUUUAAAGACGAAGAUAGAGAAAUAGUCUUUAUAUAUAGAUGAAGAGAUAGAGAUAGUGAUAGGAUUAUCUCUCUUUCUUUACUUUCCUCCUUUCUUCCAUCUUUCUUCGUGAUCGUUUUAUACGAAAUCAACGCGACUUGAUCGACGCGACGAGGGGGGAAAUUAAAGAAAAAAAAAAAAAAAUCACACGUACAUAUAUACACACAAACAUACAUAUAUGUAUAUGUAGAGAGAGAGAGACACAGGCACACAUACACAUACGUAACGUUGUACGUAAAGUAACGUAUGCACGGACUUCGUGUAUCAACGUAAACGAAGAAAUACGUACGAAAAGAACGAUUGAGGAAAAGAAAUAAAAAAGAAAAAAGAAGAAGAUAAAGAAAAAUGAAGCUGGACGUGUCCGACGUAUUAUACGACAGCUCGAGCGUUUCCAGCGACAGCGGUACGUCACAGAGUUCCCGCGUCAGCCAUGAUUUUCUCUCCAGCAUCGCUAACUCAGCUACGCUGCCGGGCAACUUGGUAUCUCUCGACGGCUUGCACAGUGGUGUACCAACAAGAACUACGCCAACAUUGACACCGACAACGCUGAGAAGUAUAGAACAGACCUUCCUCGAGCUUACCAGCGAAACAGGGUCCCAUAGUCGAGAGGCUGGUUUCGUACCACCUUUGGUCGAACCUUCACAACCAACUCCGGCUCAAACACAAAAUCUGGCGACACAUCACAACAAUCCUGCAAGUACUCUGAUCGAUAGUCAACAGACGUUAUCACAGCAGCCGGAACAACAGCAACCACAGCAACAGCAACACCAGCAGCAGCAGCAGCAACAACAGCAGCAGCAGCAGCAACAACAGCAACAACAACAGCAGCAGGCAACGAAACGCAAUAUGGGUGGUAGGAGACCAACCAGGACGAUUGGUAUGACACCCGAAGAAGAAAGGAGACGACAGAUAAGAAGAGAGAGAAAUAAAAUGGCAGCUGCUAGGUGUCGCAAGCGAAGAAUGGAUCAUACCAAUGCCCUGCUAGAAGAAACAGAGGGCUUGGAACAGAAGAAGCAAAGCUUGCAGGAUGAAAUUCAUCAGUUGCAGCAGGCCAAAGACGAGCUCGAGUUUAUUCUCGAAGCUCACAGAGCUGUCUGUCGACUUCGUUCCUCAUCGCCGCCUGACGUGAAGCCUGUGAUAAAGCCAGAAAUACCCCUCGAGGAUCAAUUCGCCGAGCCUACGAAGCGCGACAAUAACACCUUGACCUCCGCAAGACCUAGCAGACCAAAUUCAUUGCCAGUUGGAUUUGACAAUAACAACAGACCAAACUCAUUGUCGAUCUUUAGCGAGCCUAAGGAAAGACCGGAUACAUUGACCUUCAAGACGGUCGAGACACCGUCAUUCAUGAAACCGUCGUUAGACGUAGCCGGUAUGCCGAUAACAACACCAACCAGUGGUAUACCAUUCAAUUUUGAUUCCCUGAUGGAAGGUGGUACAGGCUUGACGCCAGUUUCGACACCAUUAAUACCAUCCUGCUCGACGCAACAAAGGAACAAUCUCUCCGCCGUAGAUCUCAGCUCUCCAGACGCCAAUCCACCGAAACUCGAUGACAAUGACGAUGACGACGGAUGACGAUGAUGACGAAGAGAAACUCUUUGUGUGUACGUGUGAUUUAUUCACCUCAAGAUCUAGAGGAGAAAUAGAAAGACGAUCGUAAACAUCAAUGGAAUGAGUGAAAUUAAGAGAGAAAGAAAGAGAAGUGGGGGGAGAGAGAGAGAGAGAAAGAGAGAGGGGCGUUGCCCUUUUUAUCUCAGACGUUUUUCUACGUCGCAGACAUCACGAGUUGCCAUAAAUAAAAAAUAUUACAUACUACGUUGUAUUUUUCUCUUCGACCGUCCCCACGCCAAGGCUCCUCUGACUGGGAUCGGUUUGUUUACUUUUUUCUCUCUCUCUCUCUUUCUAUAAAGUAAAAACAGGAGAAAACAAUCCUUCUAGCGUUGCGCUGUAUUGCUAUUUAUCUUUCUCUCUCGUACGUUUGUGCAAUACACACACACACACACACACACACACACAAAUACAUACA